UUCAAGUUUGUUCAAAUCAAGGGCUAUGCCCCAUCAAAGGGAACAUUGAUCACAAAAAUGCAAAAUUAGGGUGGAUCGAGUCAUUUAAAAAUUUUCUCUUUAAGAACCACUGGGCCAGAAGAGCUGAAAUUCUGAUGAAAGCUUUCUGACUUGGUGCAGAUUGAGGUUUGUUUAAACAAUUACCCCUGGGAGUAGGGUGGGGCCACGAUAGGGGAUAAAAGAUUUACAUGGGAAUGUACAGGGAAAGUAUUUUAAAAAGUCUUCUUCUCAAGAACCACUGAGCCAGUGAAGUUUACCUUUAUAUGAAGCUUCCUGACAUAGUGCAUAUUCAAGUUUGUUAACAUCACAGUCCCCGGGGUCAGAUGGGGCAACAAUAGGGGAUUCAAAGUUUUACAUACAAAUAUAUAGGGAAAGUCUUUAAAAAUCUUAUUCUCAAGAACCAUUGGUCCAGAGAAUUUCACAUUUACUUGAAAGCUUCCUGACAUAGAUCAGAUUCAAGUGUGUGAAAAAACAUGCCCUGGGGUAGUUUGGGGCCACAAUAGGGAUCAAAGUUUUAUGUCCUAAUAUGUAGGAAAAAUCGUUAAAUAUGUGCCAAUGUGACUCGGGUGAGCAAUGAGGCACAUGCAUGGGCCUCUUGUUCUGGUAUGCUUUGGGGCUUGCUCAGAGUUGUACUCAAAACAAACGUGGCUGAGUUUGAGUAUUAGUAUGGUAAAAGUUUGAUAACCUCCAGGACAGAAGACAAACUUAGCUCUAGUUACAGGUGAACAUACCACAGAUUAAGAAUUCGAGAAUUUUAAAAUCUAUUAUGGGUAGUUUUUAUUGCUACCUUGUUGAAUUCAUUGUAGUGGUUGGUACUGAGGGAACAUUAAUACUGCCUCGCUAACAAGCUAGCUUUUCUAGUGAUGUGGUAGAGUCUCUCUUUUGACCACGCAAGUUAAGCAACAGCAAGCAUGAUCAGCAAUUGGCUGGAUGACCGCUACACGUUACAAAAUGUUGACAGCGUAGUGACUCUCAUGAUGUUUGGUGGGCCUGCUGCGGGUAGUUUCUUCAAAGGUCUGGAUACGGACGUGAUUUCGUCCGGGGAAAAUGGUGGUUGUCAUCAGAAUGGCGGAUGCCGUUGGUGAAGAGGUGCCAAACACUCAAAGAGAACUCACACUAACUUUCGGGGUGAAACUUACUGAGCAGGGGGAAAUGUAGCGAAUAUUUAGAUUAGCUAUGGACCCCCGCCAGAGUGCCCAAGAUGUCGUCCGAUGUGACCUUUGUGAGACAGCUAUAGUACAGAUGUACUGUGAUUUCUGUCAUGUCAACCUAUGCAUUGCCUGUUUAGGAAAACAUGUUGCUGAUGACUAUGACAAACACAAAGUGGUACCAUUCCAAAAGAGAAAAUCUACCUUGAUCUAUCCGAAGUGUAGUGCACACCAAACUGAAAAAUGUAAAUUGCAUUGUAAGGAAUGUGACGUGUUUGUCUGUUUAUUGUGUGCUGCUGAAGAUAAACACAAGGGUCAUACAUUUUCAAUUCUUUCUGAAAUCUACAACAAAACAAAAGCAGACAUUACAAAAGAUUCAGAGGAAAUAGAAAACAUAAUUUCUCCAACAUAUGACAAAAUGGCCACUGACUUAGAAACUCAAAUGAACAACUUGGAUGGGGAAUAUGUGAAAUUCGCAACAGUAGUCACAAAACAUGGAGAGGAAUGGCACAAGGAAAUUGACAAUGUCAUCAACAAAAUGAAAAAUGAAAUAGAAGAGAUGAAAAUCAAACACCUGGGAAUUCUGAAGAAACAUUUGGAUGAGAUUAAGCAGAUACAGUCCCUUAUUGAGCAAUCACUGGUUACUCUGAAGGAAAUGGAGGAAUCCAAUGAAGUGUCUGUGGCCAUGGAAUACAGAUCCAAAAACAAAGAAUUCAGAAAACUUCCUCCCAAAGUCCCAGUCUCACUGCCUACAUUUAGUCCAAACACGAUAGACAGUGAACAGCUUUACAAGUCAUUUGGAUCUUUGAUACCAUUAUCAUUUACGACAGAUGAAAAUUGCUACACAUUGAAAACAGCAGAAACCUCACCCAAAGAACUGAUGGAUGAACCAGAGCUUGUCACUACAACAAAUACUGGGUAUAACAACCUCCGCAGUGUUACCUGUCUGAGUGAAGAGGAAUUCUGGACAAGUGCAGUAGUCAGUGAUAUGAAAUGCUUUAAUGUUCAAGAUACACUUAUCAAUACAAUCAAAACAAAAUCAGGGGAAUGGCCAUGGGAUAUAGCAGUGACAAGUGAUGGUGAUCUAGUGUACUCUGAUUGGAAAACAAAGACUGUGAAUAAAGUGAAGAGUGGACAGAUAGAGGAGGUGGUCAGACUACAGGGCAGGAAACCUGCCAAACUCUGUGUCACCUCCUCUGGUGAUCUCCUGGUUACCAUGUACACUGAUGAUCGAACACAAUACAAAGUUGUCCGUUACUCAGGUUCCACAGAGAAACAAACAAUCCAGUAUGAUGAUGAGGGUAAGCCUCUAUAUUCAAAAACUUCUUCUACUAAAUACAUCAGUGAGAACAGGAACCUGGAUAUCUGUGUGGCUGACUGGUCAGCUAGUGCAGUAGUGGUGGUCAACCAGGCUGGAAAACUUCGAUUUAGAUACAUGGGUCAUCCCUCUAAUACCAAAAACGAAGCAUUCAGACCCUGGGGAAUCGCAACAGACAGUCAGAGUCAGAUCCUGACAGCAGACUAUAAUAACCACUGCAUCCACAUCCUGGACCAGAAUGGACAGUUCCUCCGCUAUAUAGAUAACUGUAGUCUGAAGAACCCAUCUGGUUUAUGUGUGGACAAAAGUGACAACUUGUUUGUUGCUGAGUAUUAUAGUGGAAAUGUGAAGAAAAUCAAAUAUCUACAAUAAAUACAACUGUUUAUACGCCCGCUAGAGACACAGUGCUCUAGCUUUAGAUUUACUGAUUAUGGAGUUCAGCCUACUUAUAAACCUUUACAUAGUACAUGUAUAAUACAGAUAUUGUGAGAUAUCCAUUAGGCUAUCCACUCCAGGCUUAAUAACACCAGGUUCCAUCAUUUGAAAUUUAAAAUGAAAACUUGAACCCACGCAACUUGGGAAUGUUUACAUAUAUUAAUAUGAUUUUAUAUUUGAUAUGACAACAUCAGUGACGUUCAUUCUAUGAGAGAUGUUCACAUUCUAAAACACAAGUAACAAACAUUGUUGAUAGGAGAUGUUAUUGAUGUACAUUCAGGGUUUGAAAAUUUAUUUCACAUGCUCAAGUCAGGACUUGAGGGGCCAAUUUUUGCUAAGUCCCACAGGGAACCAUACAAGUCCAGAUUGAAUUUAGAAAUUUGUUAUUGUUUUUAUAUUACAUCAUCAAAUGGCUAAAUAGAUACCAGUAUUUACAUUUUUAAUCUUUUUAUUCUGGCAAUUGGAGUCUUCGGUGAUAUAUCUCGACGGGUUGUACACAAGAAAGCAAAAAUAAGAGAGUAAUGAAUUUUAACUUGUUAAGAUAUUUUAUUCUGAUAUACAGUCAUUUUUAUUAUCGUUCAUCAAUUAUUUUUAAAGUCGGACAUACAUAAUCAACAUUGAACAUUAGCUAUAUAUACUAUCUAUUUACCGACUUGUACUGAUGUUUGUGCUGGGGGGUAUUUUUGUGGGAGGAAACUCAUGUGUCUGAGUGGGUGACCACCAUACCCUCACACAUACAACCACUGCCACGGCGUGUUGCGACUAACGCGCAGUCACGCUUUUGCAAUUGGCCCUAUCCGGACACCAUACCAUACCUCAGGACAUAUACAAAAGCCUGAUGGAUGAACAGAAAAUUUACUGCAUGCACAAGUACAGUAAAUUAAAGUCAAUAGAAAUGUGAUCCAAAAAUUUUGCAGCUACAACUUUGAAACCAAACGGAAGAAGGAAGAUCUCGUGCUUUAAUUAGGCUGGGAAUACCGGAAACUAGGGAGAAAACAUAUUUAUACCUUACUUCAGCUUUACGAAAUAAAAUUGCAUCAAAUUGAUGCAUUUCUUUGCCAGAAGCGCGCCUGUGGAUGAGGUAAAAAGGCCAGAACUGAAUCCCUGUAUAGUGUGACAUUAGCUCACAGUGAGCUUUUCUGAUCAAAAUUUGUCCGUUGUCUGUCGGCGUCGUAAACUUUUCACAUUUUCAUCUUCUCUAGAACCACUGGGCCAAUUAUAACCAAACUUGGCCAAAAGCAUCCUUGGGUGAAGGGCUUUCAAGUUUGUUCAAAUGAAGAGCCAUUCCCCCUUCAAAGGGGAGAUAAUCACAAAAAUAGGGUGGGUUCAUUUUAAAAUCUUCUCAUGAACCAAUGAGCCAGAAGAGCUGAAAUUUUUAUGAAAGCUUCCUGUCGUAGUGCAGAUUCAAGUUUGUUAAAAUCAUGGCCCCGCGGGGGUAGAUUGGGGCCACAAUAGGGGAUCAAAGUUUUACAUAGAAAUAUAUAGGGAAAAUCUUUAAAAAUCUUCUCAAGAACCAAUUAGCCAGAAGAGCUGAGAUUUACAUGAAAGCUUCUUGACAGUGCGGAUUAAAGUUUGUUCAAAUCAUGGCCCCAGGGGUAGGUUGGGGCCGCAAUAGGGGAUCAAAGUUUUACAUGGGAAAUUGGAAAUAAAUAGAAAAAAUCUAUAAAAAACAUCCUCUCAAGAACCAAUGGGCCAGAGGAGCCGAGAUUUACAUGAAAGCUUCCUGACAUAGUGCAGAUUCAAGUUUGUAAAAAUCAUGGCCUCCAGGGGUAGGUUGGGCCACAAUACGAACUAAGGUUUUAAAUGCAAAUAUAUAAGGAAAGUCUUCAGAUAUGGGCCAAGGUAACUCAGGUGAGCGAUAUGGCCCUUGGGUCUCUUGUUUUUUUUUUCAUUACAAGUAAUGGUAAUGUAAUGCAUUAACUGUACAUUGCAUUUUAGUACAUUUACAUUACGUCAAAUAUUUGAGGAUAUUUUGGAAGUUUAGAUUAAUUCAUUGUAUUAGUGCUUGACUUUAAGACAAGUAUAAACAAAUAGAUCAACAUCAUGUAUAUUGUCUUUUAAGAGUUAACAGUAUUUAAUUAUUUUGUGUUACACUUCCAUUCUGACCUUGAUGUAGGGAGAGGGCUAAAAUAGGCUGUGUCUGCUGCCCCGAUCCUAUUCAUUUUUUAAUAAAAUAUUGUUUAAACUGAUAAAAUGAACAACAUUUUAGUUCAAAUACCUAAGGUGAAGUAAUUCAACACUAAAUAUUUAUCGAAUGUUUCCCUAGGGCUAUUUGUAAGGUUUCAAAGUAGUCUGUUGUAAACUGUUUCCAGAAAUUGUUUUUUUUUUCUGAGUAUCUUGAAUUAAACAUUGAGUGGUCAACAUGGAGAAUAUACUUGAACCAUUUGAAUUGCCUACAGAUACUGAAGGAAAUGUUAAAGCAAAAUGAAGGCGUUGUCCAGUAUUUGUAUCUGCACGAUAGUUUGAAAGUAAACUCAAAUUUUACUACCAUAUCAAAGUUAGAGACUUUAUGCCCUUUUUAAUUCAAUUACAGCGCUUUACCUAAAUAUUGAAAUUUUAUCAUUUAAUAAAGUCACCAAGCAACAUUUCCCAAGUGAUUUAUCUUAUUUCAAUGACGUUUUGAUACUGUCCUCUCUUCUAAAUUCACCAGCAGAAAAAAGAUUAUUUGUUAUGAUGUAUUUAAAAUGUAUCAUGUUGGGUAAAAUUAUAUACAAGAGACAG